GCACCGCACGUGCUCACUCUUCGGUAACGUCCCCACGACUGGACCUUCUAUCCGAUUACGCCGCUGCCGCCCGCCCCUCCCCCAAAAGAACCUUUCACACGAAGAAAGUAAAAUUACCCAAUAGACCCCGUCUCUCAGAUAUUUUUCGUGGCUUUACCGCUACAGCCGAUCAUAUUUCAUUCCAAGAAUUAGGGCAAAAUGGCCAUUUUACGUCAGAGGACCUUACAAAACACCCUGCCUUGGCGAGAGAGCGGCCGCCGGUGCUGGUGCUCUCUACUCUCAUGAGGACACCGCCGAUACUCCUCUUAUCACUCCUAAUAUCAGUCCUUUACCACCCUCCAUCCUCCGCUGUCGAUUUCAUCUUCAACGGCUUCGAGCCCGCCGACCUAAACCUCUACGGCGACGCUACUCUCAAGCCCGGCACCGGCCGGCGCUACCUCUCCCUCACCAACGCAUCCGCCUUCUCCCUCGGCCGCGCCCUCUACAAGUCUAAAGUUCCGGCCAAGUCUUCCGCCUCCGCCGGCGGCGUGCUCCCCUUCUCGACAUCCUUCCUCUUCUCCAUCGCCCCCAUCCCUGGCGUCCUUCCUGGCCACGGCCUCGCCUUCCUCUUCGCCCCCGCCGCCGGCACCCUCGGCGCCACCUCCUCCCAGCACCUCGGCCUCUUCAACAUGACCACGGACGGCGACACCGCCUCCCGCGUCCUCGCCAUCGAAUUCGACGUCUUCGAGAACCAGGAGUUCAACGACAUCAACGCCAACCACGUUGGUGUCGACGUCAAUUCCCUCACCUCCGUCGCCGCCUACCCCGCCGGCUAUUGGCCAGACGAUCCCUCCUCCCCCUUCGUCAACCUAACCCUCAAUGAUGGUUCCAACUACCAGGCCUGGGUCGACUACUCCGGCGGACGGCUCAACGUCACCAUGGCCCCCGCCACCCUCGGCCGGAAGCCCCGCCGUCCCCUCAUCUCCAUCCCUCUGAAUCUCUCCGCCGUCUUCCUCAACGAGAUGUUCGUGGGGUUCUGCGCCGCCACCGGGAUGCUGGUGGAGCACCACCGCAUCCUGGGCUGGAGCUUCAGCAACUCUAAUUUCUCCGCCGCCGACGGCCUCAUCACCUCCGAUCUCCCCAAUUUCAAGCCAUCGCAGCCAGGAUCCAGCUUGAAAUCCAAAGCCCUCAUCGCGGGUAUCUCACUCGUGGCCGCAAUAUUCGUGGUCUCCGGCGUGGCGGCGGCUCUGUUAGUGGUUCUUCGCCGCCGUCGUUGGAGAAAAAAUAGGAUCAUAGAAGAGGAGGGGCGAGGAGGCGACGGGGCGAUGGAGGAUUGGGAAUUGGAGUACUGGCCGCAUCGGAUUGGAUACCGAGAGAUCCUCGCUGCCACAGACGGAUUCUCUGCUAAGAACCUGAUUGGCUCCGGCGGCAACGGUAGGGUGUAUAAGGGGAUCUUGGCCAGCGCCGAGGUCGCGGUGAAGGUCUUCUCGCAGAGCGGCGCCGACGAAGCCCGGCAAUUCGCAGCGGAGGUCUCCAGCCUCGGCCGGCUCAAGCACCGGAACCUCGUCGGCCUCCGCGGCUGGUGCCGCACGCGCCGAGAUCCGGCCGCCGGUGGCGGCAGCGGCGACGAAAUUAUGAUCCUGGUGUACGAUUAUAUGGAGAAUGGGAGCUUAGAUAAUUGGCUCCACGCUGCAUCGGAACCGUUGGAUUGGGGAUCGAGGGUGAGGAUUUUAAAGGACAUAGCGGCGGCGGUGCUUUAUCUGCACGAGGGUUGGGGGGAGGCGCGUGUGAUUCACCGGGAUAUAAAGUCAAGUAAUGUGAUGCUGGACCGGUGGAUGGCCGGCCGGCUCGGUGACUUUGGGCUGGCGCGAGCCCACCCACACGGCCGGGCGCCUGGGACGACCCGGGUGGUGGGGACUGCGGGGUACCUGGCGCCGGAGCUGUUUCGGAGCGGCCGGGCUACGGUGGCGACAGAUGUGUACGCCUACGGGGUUCUGGCGCUGGAAGUGGUCUCCGGCCGGAGGCCUGUGGAGGAGGGGCGGCCGCCGCUGGUUGGGUGGGCGCGGGGGCUGGCGGUGGCGGCAGUGGUGGACCCAAGUGUGAGGGGAGUGGUGGGGUUCGACGAGGCGGAGUCGGAGCGGGUGGUGGCGCUGGCACUGGCAUGCACCGUCGUCGACCCGGCGGCGAGGCCGACGAUGAGGCAGGUGGCGAGGGCGCUGGAGGCCGGUGAUGAGAAAGCGGACGGCGAAGAUGGGGAGAGCGGGGAGGCGUGGCUUCUGGACGCGAGGUUGGGUUCGGGGACAGUGGAGCCCGGUCCGAGAUUUUGGGGGCCCACCGGCACCCACCAGCACCUGACUUUCGAGGAACUUCGGCAGUCGCUAUCCAGCUCCAUGACGCUCUCCGAUUCGGACAUCAUCACGGAGGGCCGCUGACACGAGCGGUGGAACGCGUCUGUUAUGAAAUUGUGAGAUUUUUUU